AUGCACCGGCUGGUGGGCUCGUCUCCGAUCACGCCUCCAAGCUUUAGCGCCGCCGUCUCUGCUGCUGCCGAUGUAUCUGCUUCUCUGAACAGGUCUCAUCCGAUUACAGUGACGCCGAUUUCCGCUGCUUACCCGUCCGGCGAUCCUAUGCUGAUGAUGUCCGGUGGUGCUCUUGCUAGGGUUCGAUUAUCUGAAAUUCUGCCUUACGAAGGGGCUCCUUCUCCGACUUACGUUAAAGCCGUUGAGACUCUGUCUGUGUCUUUGAUGAGAUAUAACGCUUCCGUGAUCGAGCUCGGUAGCGAAGACGCUGCACUCUUGCGGUGUGGCCUUGAAGCUGCUCGCUUGUAUUUCAGAACUAGAAGCGUUAACGUCUCUGGCAAAGGCAAUCGCGGCCUCUCUAUGUACAGAGCCGGAAGAUCUGUUGAAGAUUUAGAUUCUUCUCCUCCAUGCAUGGCUGAGAUAUUCCGGUGCUUGGGGAAAGUAGCAAGAGCUGCUUUAUCUGCGAUAGCAAGGCAUCUGCGUCUAAGAAGCGAUGUUUUUAACCAUAUGCUCGACGACUUUCCACUAGCUCCGAACGAGGUUUCCUCGUCUGUGCUACUGGCUUCCUAUGCUCAUGCAUCUAUCCAAAAUGGAAAACCUGGUUCUGGAGGUGGGAAUCUAUCCGCUAAUGUCGAAAUUGAGAAGGGUUUGUUGACACUCUUCUGCUCAGAUGGCACUGGCAUUCAGGUGUGUGACCCAAAUGGUCGUUGGUACGCAGCAGAUAAUGGAUGUGGGGUUUGUGAUAUCUUACUGAUUACUGGCAAAGCGCUUAGUCAUGCUACUGCAGGUCUCCGUCCAGCUGCCUCUUAUAGAGCUACUACUGAUCAUUUGUCUGGCAGUGGAAGGGCCUCACUAGCAUUUAGGCUGAUGCCGAAAAGUAAUGCUAUAUUAGAUUGCUCCCCAAUAGAAGCAGCUGGCCAUAUAAUUCCUCAAAGCUAUGUGCCAGUAUCUGUCAGUCAGUUUAUGGAUAACCUCUUGGCCGAGAAUGACAUACUAGUUAGUCCGCCUGUGAAAACCAACGUAUUACGGGAUGAUGUUUGCAAAGAGCCUUCCUUAAGAAGUAUUCUAUCAGAUCCAGUUUCUGGUGCUUUUCUUGAAGAUGCAUCGGUUGUUUCUUGUGGACAUUCAUUUGGUGGCCUCAUGCUUAGAAGAGUCCUUGAAAUGUCUAGAUGUACGCUCUGCAAUGCAGAAAUCGAUACUGGGUCUCUGGUCCCUAACCAUGCUCUUAGAGCUGCCGCUUCAGCUGUAAAGCAACAGGAUGAUAAAAGACUUUUCCAUAACGCAGCAAUGCGAAGGCGUAGAAAAGAAAUGAGUGAUCAAAUGGAUGUGGAAAAUGGAGAUCCAGCUACGGAUGAUGGAUUGCAGCGAGUAGUGCAUUAUCCAUUUGCUGUAAACGAGAAAGUGCUUAUCAAGGGAAACCGGAGAACCCCGGAAAAGUUUGUUGGAAAAGAAGCAAUCGUGACAUCUCAAUGUCUCAAUGGCUGGUAUCUACUAAAGAUUCUGGAAACUGGAGACAACGUUCGGCUGCAAUACAGAUCCCUGAAAAAGAUGAUGAACGAUGAUGACAGAGGAGGAAGCCUACAUGUUCAACCGGUUGAGAGCAAUAGCUUGUAG